UCAUCCACCGAUAUGAGUCAGAUGCAGUCUGGCUCUCCUCCAGAUGAGACAUGAUGACAUCUGCGGAGUGAGCCAGUUAAGUUGAAGCAACCAGCGUUGAUAAAGAGAAGAGAGACACACACACACACACACACACACACACACACUCUCUUUCAGCCUCUUUGAGAAGAAGAGGGGCUGGCAUGGGGGGAAAGCUUCCAGCCCACAUCCAGGUGAAACGGGACAAUGAAUUUCAAUCUCAACUUUCUGUCAUUACACAGAUCAAACCAAAGACAGUCUGGGAGAUGAGCUCUUGGUGCUGGCCUGGUUCAGCCACAGAGGGAGCCUCUAGAGGAUGGCUGCGUCUCUUCUUACUGCUGAAGCUGGUGACGGUGCUGUUGUUCCCCCACACAGCAGGCCUUCCCCUGCUGGUGGGCUGUGUGUUCAGCCUGCGGGCCCUGUUGCUGCUGCGCUCCCCUCACAUCUCCACCAAGCCCUCCACUGUGCUCCUGGGCCGGCUGGCUCUCACAGACAGCCUCGUGCUGCUGCACUGGAUGCUUCAGCCGGGAGCGCCACUCGUCUGGUUGAUGGAGGAGGCGGGCUGUGAAACUAAGACGGGCCUCAUGGAGGAGGGGGAAUCAGUUUGGUGGAGAGAGGCUGUGAGCAUGUUCUGUCUGCAGCUGCUUGAUGCUCACCACCUGGCCUCUCUGCUCCUGCUGGGGCUGCUGGGACUGGAGGCCACGUUGGUGUCACGCUGGCCUCAACAGACUCGCAGAUUCAGGACUUCUCACUGGGCUCAGCUCAGCUGCAGCCUGGUCUGGACACUUGUGCUGCUUGAACUGUUGUACUUGCUCCACUCACAACUUUUGCAGGAGUCCAGGCCUCAGACUUAUUUCACAACGCUACAAACCUCUCAAAGUUCCCCUAUGGGUCUGGUGCCUCUUCCCUCCCUUCCAGGUUUCUCCUCGUGCCUGAGAUGGACAUUAUGGCUGGUGAAUUUAUGGCUGCAUUAUGCUGUCUUUUAUAGCAGACCAAAGAAGAGUAAGAGCUUCUUUCAUUAAGAGUUAUUGCUGUUCUAUUUUAUUUAUAUAGUCAAAUUAUUGUAAUAUUGCAGGAAAUAUUCUGAGUAAGAUGUCUUUAUAUGGGUCUUAUAUUGAGACUAACUGAACAAUUGCCCCUCUGGCUACAAUUGCAUCACAAAAAUUGACGUGUGCACUUUUACUUUUGUGAUAAAACCACUAAAAUGUUUGUGUGAGACUUUCUAAAACAGUGUAAUAGUAGCACAAGUACAGGACACCAGAAGCGACUGGUCAUACCAGACCAACUGAAGUUGUAGCAGUGUAUCGCAUAGAGAAAAGGUGCUUUUUGAACUUGACCUUUCAUUUGUAAAAAGAUGAAGACCAUUCCAGGAAAGGCAUAUAUAUUGUGAAAUUUGGCUUUAAGGUUUCCUCUGUUUACAUUGAAGAGGCUUGUGAAAUAAACCAAUCUCACAUUUUAACAGUAAGAGAUUAUGAUCGGGUUCAUAUUGUAAACAUGCUCUCACCCUGCAGUCUCUCAAAUGUUUGAUCUGGCAGAAAGCCCAAGACAGGAUGUUAAAAUGAAAUGCGGCACUCUGACAAAUGUUUGCAAAAUGAAAGCGCACAAGGCAACAUAUUAAGUAGGAUUUCAUUUAAUGGUGCUCUUCACAGUCUCUAAUUCGUGUUUCAAGAUGUGUUCUGUUUGCAUAAUCAUAUCCCACUUGCUGCCCAAUAACUCACAUACGGUAUGUCUGUUUACAUUAUUGGCACCAUAUUGUUUACACAGUAAAAAGUAAAAAACACAAACUGGGAUGGUUCAGUAGCAAGAUUUGUUUUUCUUUCAAUAAAUGGAAACAGUUUCAGCUUAACUUGUUUAAUGGCAUAUAUUCACCCAGUUACUUACCUACUGAUCAGAUAAUUCACACACAAAAGCCAUUUCUGCCUGUAUGAGUCGAACGAUGGUCAUGCUGAUAAGACAGAAGCCAUAAAAACACAGGGCUUAAAACAUCAAGACAGUACCCAGGCACAUGGUGGUUGGAGCUCAGAUUUCAGCCACUGCAAUCAUCCUUGCGUUACACAAAUGUGUCUCUGAUGAUAUAAAAGAUCAAAGUCGUACAUCCUGUGAGUAAACUGUUUGCAUUUCUGAGGAAAUCCGUGACAUAACCACAUCACACACCACAGUUACGGCUCAAAGAAACUGCUCUGACACCGAGGAGGAGAACAACUUCUAAUACAGAGUUACUGUGGACAGCUUUACUUUACUUAUGUUAUUCAUAAUUUUAGUGUGAGUUGUGUCCAACAGAGGGAAGGACAGAGCAAAUGAGUCUGCCUUUGACAUAUUCAAUACAGAGCCCUUGACAAAGUGUAAAAGGCUGGCGAGG